GGAUAUCAAUCGGUUUAGUCAACUCCAUUCACUAAGUUCAAUUUCAACGGUGACCGCGAUUGAUUCAGUUCAAAACAGUUAGAAAUGCUACUAAUCUCAUUUUGUUAAAGUUCGACACAUUUCGUUAAUCAAAAUGCUAUGGAAAAUUAUUCCUCUGUUACUAGUGCUCAAUGUGACACUCUUCCGAAGUGUAUAUGGCCAAAGUUUAUCCAAGUGUAUAUUUCGGAAAACUUGCGUCGAAUGUUUGGAUGCUGAUUAUGACUGCGCGUGGUGCACGGAUGAGAACUACGGCAUGUACAAGCAUCGCUGUAUGACUUUCGACGAUCUGGUGGCAUCCAACUGUAGCAAGAGCCAAAUCGAGACAAACGACUAUUUUAGUAAGCUCGAAGUUGAAGAAAAUCGACCCCUGCUGGACUAUGACCGUGAGAAGCUUGGAGCCACUCAAAUUAGGCCACAGCGCCUUAAAAUUCAUCUGGGAAAGUUGGAAUCACAUUCGUUCAAGUUCACCUACAAACCAGCCAAGAACUACCCAUUGGAUCUGUACUACCUGAUGGACCUUACCUGGUCGAUGAAGGACGAUCGUGACACUUUGAUCAAUAUGGGCGAUCAGCUGGCGAAGGCACUUGCCAACCUGACCGAAAACUACCGACUUGGCUUCGGAAGUUUCAUCGAUAAGCCCAUAAUGCCGUUUAUCCAAACCGAAGAGGAUCGAGUUCGGAACCCUUGCAGCACAGAGCGGGAUGUAUGCGAGCCGACGUAUGGAUUCCGUCAUCGAUUGGAGAUCACCAAGAAUAUCGAUCGGUUUAUUGAAAAGUUGAAAACUAGCAACGUUUCGGCGAAUUUGGAUAAUCUUGAGGGUGGUUUGGACGCGUUGAUGCAGGUAUUGGUAUGUGACGAUCGAAUUGGAUGGGGCAAGAAUACACGGAAAAUAGUGAUCUUGGCUACGAAUGGGCUUAUGCACAUGGCAGGUGAUGGAAAGUUGGCCGGUAUAACCGAAAGGAACGAUAAAGAGUGCCAUCUAUCGGCAGAGGGAGAAUACACGGGAACCCUGACGUAUGAUUAUCCAUCGCUGGAGCAAAUUUACAGAGUACUGGCCAAAUCGAAAACCGCUGUGAUUUUCGCUGUGACUGAUGAGUUGAAAGAUUACUAUUGGUCGAUGCGGGAGUUGAUGUCGGAGUUUGCCAGUGUUGGGCUUUUACAGGAUGAUUCGUCGAACAUCUUACAGCUGGUCGAUACGGGGUAUAGAGACUUUGUAAAACGGGUAGAGUUUACGGAUGAUGCCCCGGCUUAUAUUCAGAUUUCCUACAAGACUGACUGCGGUGGGAUUUAUAAGACGCCUCAACCAACGAGUAAGUGUGAUAACAUCGAAAUCGGAAAGGAGUACGAUUUCUUCGUAGAGGUCCGUUUGCUGGAGUAUCCCAAUAGGGCCGAAUCGAAUCUAACGGUUAAGAUUGAAGAAACAUUGCUUAGCAAUGAGAGCGUAGAGCUGGAGAUCUACAUCAGGGAAGCUUGCCAAUGUGAACUACAGGAAGGACUAAUCGAAAGUAGUGACAUUUGUGAGGGCCAUGGAGAAUACUCGUGCGGGAUGUGCCGCUGCCACCCUGGAUGGGUGGGAAAAACGUGUGAGUGCGAUUUACGAAAUUUCGAGAGCAGUGAUGAUUUGCUGAAGCAAUGCCAGAUGGAGAGCGAAUUCGAUGAACCCGGACCAGUUUGCUCCGAUAGAGGGGAAUGUCUUUGCGGUCAGUGCAUUUGCAAUCCUGGUUUCGACGGACCGCACUGUGAGUGCACGGAAUGCAUCCCAUUUUUUGAUAUGAUCUGUAGCAAUCAUGGCGAGUGCGACUGUGGUGCUUGUAAGUGCUAUGAGGGAUGGUCCGGCGAGGAGUGUGAAUGUUCUACGGAUCAAGCCGCCUGUAAGGCACCGCAUAAGGAUCAGAUCUGCUCGGGCCGAGGUGAGUGUGUCUGUGGCAAAUGCAGCUGCAGAGAGACGUAUUUUGGAGCUUACUGCGAAGCAACGGCUGGAUCGGAAUCGGAAUUAUGCUCAUACUAUGAGGAAUGUGUUCGCUGUGCCAUUCACAAGAAGUUGGGAAAACAUUGUGAUUCGAUAGAGGACGAAUGCAAGUCGAAGUUGGGACUGUACAAAGCAGAGUUCAUCGAACAUCUGGACGAUACCCUAAACUGCACGGCCCGCAUUACGAAUGACGAUCAAACGUGCGACUUCAAGUACACCUACGAGCUGGACGAUCGUCUUACAGUGCUGAAGAUCAUAGACCUAGACUGCACCCGAGUCAACGUAACUGCCGCCUUCAUGUACAUAGCCGGACUAACGAUUUUGCUUGGAUUGGUGGUGUUAGCAGUAAUCAGAUUCAAAAUGCAUCUAGACGACCAGAAAAUGUACCGGUUAUUUAAGGAGGAACAAAUGAAUCAAACGUCUUAUGAAAUGACGAGCCCUCUGUAUAAGUCACCCGUCAGUGAGUUUCAGGUGCCUGCAGAAAUUGCCGACAUCGAGUUAAAGUGAAUAUGCUAAGCUAUGUGCGCCUUUCGUUAGGUAACAAGUGGGGAUUAAAGUACAGUCUACUGGAUUUAAUUACGGUUGAGCAGGCUUGAGUUCAAUGCUGCUACACCGAAAACGUACAACCAAGGGCUCCAUGUUUCAUUUUUUUUUCUUGCGAAUAAUUCAAUCAUUUUUUGCAUUGAAAAUUGCGAUGAUCAAUACCACCCGAACCAGUUUCGGCUACAAAAUAAAGUUCCUAAAUUUAUAAAUCACAUUGAUUUCUUCUGAGAGUGAUCGAAUUAGGAGUACCCUGACCAAAUGAGGUGUUCAGCAGUACAAACUUCAAGGAAAAUAAGUUGUUUACAUUAUUUUUCAAAUAAAUUCAGACGAAUAGGCUCAAUCAUGUGAAUAUGGUUUGCUAAACACAUAUUGAUUCAAAAUAAUUCGCACUGUAGAACAGUAUAUAAGCCACUAUGGCACAAUUAGCACUAUGGCCAAAACCGGUGCUUUUACCCUACGCAUAUAAUGAAUUUUCAAAUUGAUAUAUAUACUAUUGCUUCUUCAAUAGUAUUGUACUAAUGAUUGACGUUUUCAAUGACUUUACGUUUUGUCUUAGAUUGGUUCAACACUAUUUAGUAGGGUAAACAUGAGCAGUAUUUUAAAAACCAAAAUGUGCCAACCUUUGUUAAAUUCAAGUUUAGUACUUGUACUCACCUGACCUUUACUUACAUAUUUACUGAACAACAAAUCAACCAAAAGAUGAUUACAGUCGACUUUCUCUCGAUAUCGAAGGGUCGAUGGCCCCUAGGGAUAUUGAGGGAUAGGAGAGAUCGAGACAAAGCACAUACUUUCAAUCAAGGCGGGUUUAAUUCUCUAAGGUGUCCCAUUAUGCUAACUUUGUGGAGAAAACCAGACAGGGUAGGUGAGGAAAGGCUAGCCGUUUUGUUUACAAACAUCAGAGACAGGUAGUCGAGAGAUUGACUCCUGAUUGGUUGGAGAACCAGUGUUGUCAAGAAUAAUUCUAAUCUGGUCGCCCCUGCUCCUUGUGUACUUUUUUAUUUCUUUUUUGAAGAUUUCGCCCACACUGAUGGCAGCACGGUUAGUCUCAGUUUCAGCAUCAUCCAGGCCAGGCAGUAAUGUUUGUAAACAAAACGGCCAGCAAGUUAAAGAUGGCCUCCUAGCCACUUUCGCCAAGUGAUUACACCUUACUCUGGUUACAGAGUAAAAUGCACACACCUUGCUUUCAAUGAAUACUAGAUUGAAUUGUCAAUUGUCAAGAAAAUAGGGAAAAUAAUAAGCAAUCAGACGUCAUUCAGAAUCACGAAAAUCUGGUCUAGUAUCAUUUGAAUUUAGGCAUAUCGACAUAUGGAGAUAAAAUCGGGAGUUGACUAUAUUUUGAAAUCCAUAGACUUGUCAUAGUGAUGGUAAUAUAUACUCUUGGAAAUACGUGUUUUAUUCAACAAUAAAAUCCCUAGAACUUACAUCAUAAUUUCUAGCUUCCAAAUUGAUUUAGCAAUGUAUGUUUCAGAGAAUCUUUCAACAGCAAACGAAACAUUUCAAAUGGCUUCAAUAAACAAUGUGACCCUACUUGACCCUUUUCUGUUUGAAUGUAAAUAACGUAAGAAACAAUAAAAUCAACACGUAUCCCACAAGUA